GGGGGGCUGCACCCUCCACCCUGAUGAGCUCCUUUGAGGCGCCGCCUGCUCCUUCCUCGCUCUGUGAGCUGCAGAUUGACUUUUCCGUCUCCAUCUCCUUUCCACCUGGCAGAUCAAGGACCCCGGCGUCCUCGCCAUCGAUCGCUUCCGUCUGGGUUCAUUCCUGCGGAAGAAUCCGUCUGGGCCGCGUCAGCGCCGUGACCCGACGGCGGCCGGGCGUCCGUCCUGUAGCGCCUCCUCUGGCCUCCUCCGUCCUCCUGCGGCGCUCUGCGGCUGUUUGUGAGCUCCAUGGACCAGUCGUCAUGAGACCCGCCUCAGCGUUCCUACCCUGUGGUCCGCUCUGGACCCGUCCUCUGCUUCAUCGCCUGCUGUCAGAGUUCUGGGCCAAUGGCUGCUCAGCAUCUCCCAGGUGCCUCAGCACCAACGGCCCCACCCUGCACCCUGUUAUUGGAGAAAGCUCAGUAGAGCUGCUGGGCCACUCCUACCCUCGAGAUGACUUCACCAACGUCACGCCAAAGAUCUUGUCCAAGGUGGGCUACCACCUUCACAACCAGCCUUACCAUCCUCUGUGGCUCAUCAAGGAGCGGAUCAAAGCGCACUUCUACAGCUCCUACAUCGGCCGCUGGGGCAACCCGCUGUUCUCCGUCCACGAUAACCUGAGUCCUGUGGUGACCGUGGAGCAGAACUUUGACAGCCUCUUGAUCCCACCUGAGCACCCCAGCAGGAAGCGAGGAGACAACUACUACCUGAACAGGACCACCAUGCUGCGCGCUCACACCUCGGCCCACCAGACGGAGCUGGUCCGGUCCGGUCUGGACGCCUUCCUGUUGGCCGGAGACGUUUACAGGCGGGACGAGAUCGACGCCAGCCACUACCCCGUCUUCCACCAGAUGGAGGGGGUCCGCCUCUUCUCCAACCACGAGCUCUUCUCCCAGGUCCAGAGCGGGGAGGACCUCUCUCUGUUUGAGCGGGGGGGCCGGCGCACUGCCCAGAAGCAGGAGACCCACACCCUGGAGGCGGUGAAGCUGGUGGAGUUCGACCUGAAGCUGACCCUCACCCGACUCGUCACUCACCUGUUCGGCUCAGACGUGGAGGUGCGGUGGGUCGACUGCUACUUCCCCUUCACCCACCCCUCCUUUGAGAUGGAGGUGCUCUUCCAGGGCGACUGGAUGGAGGUGCUGGGCUGUGGGGUGAUGGAGCAGGAGCUGCUGGACUCAGCGGGAGCCGGGAACAAGCUGGGCUGGGCCUUCGGUUUGGGUCUGGAGCGGCUGGCCAUGAUCCUCUACGGCAUCCCGGACAUUCGGCUCUUCUGGAGUCGGGACGAGCGCUUCCUGAGGCAGUUCAGGGUGGAGGACAUCCAGCAGCACGUCUGCUUCCAGCCGCUCAGCAAAUACCCGCCGCUCCACAACGACAUCUCCUUCUGGCUGCCGGACCCUGAAGCCCGCGGGCCGGACCGGGAGAACUUCUCCGAGAACGACUUCUACGAGCUGGUCCGCGCGGUGGGAGGAGACCUGGUGGAGAAGGUGACGCUGGUGGACGACUUCACGCAUCCAAAGACCGGGCGGCGGAGUCACUGCUACCGCAUCGUCUACCGCCACAUGGAGCGAACUCUGACCCAGCAGGAGGUCCGUCGGGUCCACGAUCAAAUCGAGCGCGCGGCCGAGACGGAGCUGGGCGUCCAGGGCCGAUACUGACUCAGGCGCACAGAUUUACAGUCUGCAGAGGUCCCGACACGCCGCCGGAGCUGUUAAGCAGAUUCAUCACGUCUCUGUAGCUGUGGCUUUUUGCCGCAGGGAGAACGGAGUUCAAUGCAGGCGUCACACCUUUGAUGCUGCUGCUGCCGGCGGUUCACACGCUGCAGCGGCACUUCGUCAUCCUCAGCCUUAAACGUGUGAAUCUGACGUGUGUCACCUUUAAUUUCCAAAAACAUCUUCUGCGCGUUGGGCACCAGCAUCUGUCGGGGUGUGUGGGUACGUCCGUCUAUCCAUGGAUCUGCACAGAACAACGGCUCCAUGGAUGGACGCCAGCAUUCAUGUCCCUGUCUUCACUUCCUGUUUCUGUUUUAUUUGAUGUGAAAUUCCCGUUAAAAUCUUUACUGGGUCCAGCGAGCUUCAACAGAACCGUGGCUGUUCUCCAUUAGAGGCAACCUUCUGCUCCACAUACAGAUGUGAGGAGGAGAGCAUUUGGAUCUGAGUCUCCAGACCAAACCCAGGAAUGGUUUAAGCAGUCAGAACCUGAACCGGUCCUGGUUCCUCUUAAAGAACCACACACGGACCUGACUGGAUCCCAGAAAAGCACAGGAGGUGAAAUCUCAGACGUUCCUCUCCUUUCAGGUUCCAUAAAAUUUUUUUUUUUUUUUUUUUAAACGCUAAAUUAUGUAAAAUGGUGCCGCCUGCAGAACCUGUUAUGGACAGAAAGCUUUUGCACUUUGGACUGUCGCCACAUUCGUGAAGACAGACAUGUUCAUCAGAAAUGUUUUUGGAAAUUAUUUUUUUUUUAACGUUAACUAAAGACUGUUGGGUGUAAAAGUUAAACAUAAUAAAAAGUUACAGUGAC